AGUUACAGUUUUCCUGGCACACAAGAUUGUAGCUGUCAACAGACAGGCUCCGAUUCGUCACUCAUAUCAUUCCAUCUACAGAUGUGCAUUCGAAGGGUCGACUUGCUGGAUCCCUCUUGUUUUUUCAGGCCUAAUCAGGUUUCAGUUGACUAGUUAUUUUUAAAUUUCUUUUUUCCCCCCUUGUUGAAAGAUGUUUUUGCAAGAUCUCUUUCUGGCCAUCCUCAUCUGGCCUGCCGUCUUGACGGAAGAGAGCCACUGUUUCUAUGACAGAGAUCUAUGGGCCAGAGUUGGAUGGGAAAUUCUUCCAGAAGAAAUGGACAAAUUGAAGCUUCCACCUCACCCUCCAACUUACUGUUUGCCUUAUCUGCUGAAGAAAUUCUGCUGCAGUUUUUCCACCUCCAAUUUCUCCAGCUGUUGUAUGCAGUUCCUCUGUACUCUUUUUACAAGCCUGGGCUUUAUCCUGCUUGCUCUAUCUAUACUUUAUCUCUGGACCAAAUGGAAGCAGCAUGUGAAGAAGGACAGGGCAUGCCAGGUUUCUCUGGAGGACUGGUGAAGACUUCAUCAUCAAACAACUCGAGGGUGAUUGGCUGCUCCUGGUGUAAACUGCACAUUUCUCUCACAUCAUCACAGAGAUCAUCAUAUGUCAUUGGCACAACCAAAUUGGUGAUCAAAAUGUCUCCAUUACAGUGUGUCUUUAUUCGAAA